AUGGACCUGGCCGCGAGCCAUUCGGCAUCGGCUCUAUCUCUCAACGUUUCCUCUCAUACGUCCUCCUUCAUUCUGCCCAUCAUGCACGUGCUGUCGACUGCUGUGCUACUUGGCUCAGUUGCCGUCCAAAAGGUUCUGGGAAGACCAGGAUCAAACGGCCUGUCCGGCGUCACAAAACGAUCUGUGGAUGACUUUAUCAACACACAGACUCCCAUUGCUCUAAACAACCUUCUUUGCAAUGUUGGCCCUGAUGGAUGCCGUGCCUUUGGUACAUCGGCCGGUGCUGUGAUUGCAUCUCCGAGCACAACUGACCCAGACUACUACUACAUGUGGACGCGAGAUAGUGCUCUUGUCUUCAAGAACAUUGUCGACCGCUUCACUCAGCAGUAUGAUGCUGGCCUGCAGCGCCGCAUCGAGCAGUACAUUUCUGCCCAGGUCACUCUUCAGGGCAUCUCAAACCCCUCUGGCUCUCUCUCGGACGGGUCCGGUCUUGGUGAACCCAAGUUUGAGUUGACCUUGAGCCAGUUCACUGGCAACUGGGGUCGCCCGCAGCGCGAUGGCCCAGCUCUCCGAGCCAUUGCCUUGAUUGGUUAUUCGAAGUGGCUCAUCAACAACAACUACCAGUCAACGGUGUCAAAUAUCAUCUGGCCCAUUGUGCGGAAUGACCUCAACUAUGUUGCCCAAUACUGGAACCAAACCGGUUUCGAUCUGUGGGAGGAAGUUAAUGGUAGCUCGUUCUUUACCGUUGCCAACCAGCACCGAGCUCUUGUUGAGGGCGCCACACUUGCUGCCACCCUCGGCCAGUCGGGAAGCACCUAUUCCUCAGUUGCGCCUCAGAUCCUGUGCUUCCUCCAAAGAUUCUGGGUGUCGGGUGGAUACAUUGACUCCAACAUCAACACCAACGAGGGCAGGACUGGAAAAGAUGCCAACUCUCUUCUCGCAUCUAUCCACACGUUCGAUCCUAGCCUUGGCUGUGACGCCUCCACCUUCCAGCCUUGCAGUGACAAAGCCCUCUCCAACCUCAAGGUCGUUGUAGACUCCUUCCGCUCCAUCUACGGUGUCAACAAGGGCAUUCCCGCUGGCUCUGCUGUCGCCAUCGGCAGAUACCCCGAAGACGUGUACUUUAACGGAAACCCCUGGUAUCUCGCUACGUUCGCUGCUGCCGAGCAACUUUACGACUCCGUCUAUGUCUGGAAGAAGACAGGCUCCAUCACGGUGACUUCCACUUCUUUGGCCUUCUUCCAGGAGCUCGUUCCCGGUGUCGCGGCUGGAACUUACUCCAGCAGCCAGUCUACCUUCACGAGCAUCAUCAACGCCGUCUCGACAUAUGCCGAUGGAUUCCUCAGCGAGGCUGCCAAGUACGUCCCCGCUGAUGGUUCGCUCGCCGAGCAGUUCGAUCGCAACACCGGCACACCUCUGUCAGCCGUUCACCUGACCUGGUCGUACGCCUCGUUUCUCACCGCCGCGGCCCGUCGGGCUGGCGUUGUCCCCCCCUCGUGGGCCAGCAGCGGCGCUAACUCAGUUCCUUCAAGCUGCUCGGGAGCUUCUGUGACCCCCAAGCCUGGCGUUCCUUCUGGUACUCCCUUCACUCCCAUUCCCUGUGCUACCCCGACUUCCGUUGCUGUCACUUUCCACGAGCUUGCCACAACGCAGUUUGGUCAGACUAUCAAGGUCGCUGGUAGCGCUCCCGAGCUGGGCAACUGGAGCACGAGCGCGGCCAUUGCUCUGGAUGCCGUCAACUAUGCCACUAACCACCCUCUGUGGAUUGGAUCAGUCAAUCUGGAGGCCGGAGACGUUAUCGAGUACAAGUACAUCAACGUGGGCCAGGAUGGUUCCGUCACCUGGGAGAGCGAUCCCAACCACACCUACACUGUCCCUGCGGUGGCCUGUGUCACUGAGGUGGUUAAGGAAGACACCUGGCAGUCAUAA